AGGCUGCAAAAGGGUGUAAGUGGCCUGAAUGGAGCAGGCAGCAGGGCUGGGACGUUGUCACAGCUGGUGGUUGGGUGGAUGCAGAGGAGCUGCAGCGGAGCAACGCUGUCUUAAGGCAUAUGUGUGUCUGUGUGGUUUACUUUCACCUCUGCAUUUUCUAAACCAAGGUCACCACACUCUUCGCCACAUCUGGCCUCUCUCCAAGAAGCGUACAGAGUUCAGCAGUACAGAAUUUCUGGUUUGUGGGUGAGACCUCUGAGCAUUUAGUAAGCAGUUUUCCAGAAGAUACCUUUUUCCCCAAAUACCCGUACACAGAAAUUCCAGCUGAACCUCCCCUUCUCCCCACUCCCCUUCCCACCACCAUCAUCUUCAGGGCUGUGGUAAAUUAGGAGUUAAACUGCUGCUGUAAAGCAAUUUAAUCUCUGUGUUGGGCAGAGGCUGAAACUGAGUCAUGUGUGCAUAUUUGGAUACGUCACACCCUCUUGCCAUAGUAGACAAAGAACAAACUAGCUCCUUACCAUAAACCUCAUGCCUACAGGAUGCUUCUGGAGGACAGAUCAAUUGUGCCUUAGUGCCUUACAGAGGGAAGAAAAUCCUCCCCAAACACCUCUGAGAUGAACUAGAACUGCGCUGCAUUUUUUUUGGUAUCUGGAUUUAGCAAACUACAAUGAAGAUUCUGGUUUUCACCGGACUGCUCUCUCUAGCAUCAACUCUUACAACAGAGUCUUCGCUGAAUGGUUCUGCAGUUAAAACCGUGUCGCUUAUCAAGACUUUCCGUGGAAUUUCACCAAGAGACUAUGAUUACAUCCCACCUCAUGUUAUAGAAGGAGAGACAAAGACGAUCCAUAUCGAGGAAAACAAAAGUUCUUCAAAGAUGUAUAAUGACUCCACUUUAAUAGAAGUGAACAACACCACUCUGGAAUACCUGACUAGUUCUCUAAGCACCAAGCUAAUACCCACUGUCUACGUUGGCGCUGUUUUAUUGGGUGUACCAUCUAAUGCCAUCAUUUUGUGGAUGCUGCUCUUCAGGAUCCGGUCUGUGUGCACUGCCAUCCUCUACACAAACUUGGCUGUUUCAGACCUGCUUUUCUGCAUCAUGCUGCCAUUCAAAAUAGCAUACCACAUCAACAGGAACAACUGGAUUUUUGGAGAAAUGAUGUGUCGAACUACAACGUUGGUAUUUUAUGGCAACAUGUACUGCUCCAUUCUGCUGCUCACAUGCAUCAGUGUCAGUCGCUAUGUGGCCAUUGUUCACCCAUUCACCUACAAGAGCCUGCCAAAACGCACCUACGCCAUCGCUGUCUGCGCCACUGUGUGGACCAUCGUCUUCUUGUACAUGCUCCCACUCUGCAUAAUGCAGCAAAGCUAUUAUGUGAAACAGCUGGGCAUUUAUACCUGCCAUGACGUGCACAGUGCCUGUGAAACUGUAUCUUCCUUCCAGUUCUACUACUAUGUUUCUUUAGCUAUCUUUGGAUUCUUAAUGCCUCUUGCAAUCAUCAUUUUCUGCUAUAUUUCAAUUAUACGAACACUCAAGACUCAUGAGUGGUUCUGGUAUGUUAAAGUCAGUCUUUUGAUCCUUACCAUCUUUGCUAUUUGCUUUGUACCAAGCAAUAUUAUUCUUAUUAUCCACCAUAUCAACUAUUACUACUACAACACAGAUAAUUUGUAUUCUUUUUAUCUAAUAGCUUUAUGUCUUAGCAGCUUAAACAGCUGUCUUGACCCUUUCCUUUAUUUUCUAAUGUCCAAAAUACGAAGUCAAUCCAAUAUAUACCUAACAAUGGUUAAAAUAUCCAGAGAAACAUGAAUUUCAUUCUAUAUUUAUAUUAUCGGAAUUAUGAUUUUGUAUAGUACUAACCCAGGUAGCAAUAAACCUCAGAUUUGACAAUUAAACCUGAAAAAAUUCUAAGGUUGUUAAACCGUGAUCUCAGUGAAAUUUACUUCUUCCAAACACCACACAAGAGGUGUCCUUGAAUAUACUUCUCCAACUCUAUAAUUUUAUUGUGUGUGCUAUACAAUGUCUAGUGAAUCUACCUAGAUUCAAGGAAGUAGCUGAGAACUCCCAUUUCCUUCUGAGAAGAUCAGAUUCAUGGCCACAGAGAAGACACUAUCAGUCUUCUCAGAAUAUCAGUCACCGCAGAUUCUGAACAAAAGAGGAAUCCCUAUCUGAACAGCAUUUCUAAGGCCCAUUCUUGACUUGGAAACACUGUAUGUGACCUUUGUGCCCACAAUCACUGCAGGAUUGGUGUGAAUAUGAGGUUUUGAUAUGGUGGGAACAGGUACAAGCAAAAGCACAAGGUGUUCAUGGGAUAUAGAGCACUGGAGAAGCAUUAUGGCACACAGCCAAGAGCAAAUUCUGCCCUGGAUAUUAGAAAUAAAGAGCUGGAGUCCCAUUAGGUUGGAAGAGCAGCAAAGUCUACAGCCUUAAAUGCAGAACUUGACAUGCUUCCACGGAAGCAUCUCCUCUGAGGCUGCUUAACCAGCUUUGCUCUGGAGACUUGUUCUUCCACUGUGUCAGCACCUGCACUCCUACAACCCAUGAGGACUGCUGGGAGCUAACCCUUAUCAGCGUGAAUCCAGGCAUGCUUUAUUCUUGCUUGGUAAGCAAAACAGGGAAGCUGCUUUAUAGUAGUCUCUAUUUUUCCACAUCCUCACAGGAAACAAUUAGUGUUACAAAAACUGAAGCAAGCAGUGAUUAAUUGUCCAUGUUAGUAAAGAAAAUGGUUAUCUUCACAUUUACAGAAGCUCAAGACCUACAGAUGCAGAGUAUAAGAUCCUACAAAAUAAGCUCAGUGGUUGUUGUACGUUUGUAACUAACUGUGUAAGACAGAUGAGAAAAAGUAUUUGAUAAUAGUAUUGAGAGAAACUUUAGAAUAAAGUCAUUUGCAGUGGAAAAUGGGAAGUGCCUCCAUGAAAUUUUCAGUCUGGUAAGGCUCUACCUGUUCAAUGUCUCCUGACUUCUAAUUUUAUCUAUUUUAAAUCAUGUCAUUCCUUCAACAUGCAUAAUUUGAUGAUAACCUUUAAAUAAUCCGGAUGUUAGCCACUUAUUGCAAACACCAAAAAUGCCAGCUUAACUGUAAAGCCCAUGUGUCUACCACACAAAAUUACAUUACACAGGAAGCAUAUUGCAGUAUGGCAUAUCCGUUUAACAUUUCAGGUAUCCAGAAGACACUUCCUAAACAUGGGGUUUCUCUUCAAUGAAACUUGAACAACAUUUGAUUUGAAAUGGCUGUAAGAACUGUUAGAAGCCAUUGUAUAAAGUUACAGGAAUAAAUGGAUUCCAUAUUUGCAUUUUCAAGCGAUGAGCAAGUAGAUGUCAGCUAGCCGCUAUAGGAGCUUGAUUCUACAUAGCCAAGGCCACUUCAGCCAGGGGGACGUGACACUGGCAUGGUCAGAAUAAGCCAGUAGUUUCAAUCCAUAUGUUUUCCAGACACAGGAAUACAGGAAAUUCACAGUCAAACCUAUCUAACUGUUGUAAAUCAAGUACUUCCUUAUGCCACAACUCAAUUUUAAAACAUGUUAAAUACAGCUGAAAACUGAACUGCAUUAUAAACAGGGAUCGAAAAGUAAAUCGUUGAUAAACUAGAGUUUACUGCACAUUCUUUCCAAUUCUGUUUUGAUUAUUUUAGGGGAAGUUCAAUCUAAAUCAUACCUUAAGGAAGGUGAUAUCCAUAUUCUUAGUCAGCAGUUAGAGUAGUAACUCAAAUGCAUCUGACUACUUGUUUUGGAAACUUGUACAGUACAGUGUCUUGCUCUCUCCCUAAACAGGGUUGUUGGUUUUUUUUUAAUAUAUCAUUAAGUAUAAAAACAGAGAAGAUGUUUGAAGCAUUUGUCAAAGGACUACAAACAAAACAGCCAGCACAGAGCAAGGGAGGAGACUCUUCAUGAUCCAGUAAUCAGUGAAACCUGAUGUUAUGUGAGAACCCAAGCAAGGCUGCGAUUUGCAACACUUAGUUCAAAAGCUCUGGCAGUGGAUGACGGAAACACAUAUUUUCAUAGCAGGUACUGCAGGUGAGGUGGCAAAAUAGCUGGGAGGCAUUUCUACAAGCCAAUGUGCAGGGACUUUUUCCAGCUGAUGUUAGGAAUGUAUCACGUGAAUUUUAGGCAUUUUCUUGAAACACUGGGAAUAUUAAGUGCUGGGCUAUGAGCUUUAGCUAAUCAUCCAUUCAGUCAAAUCCUGCAAGUUGUUAGGCUGAUCUGUGUUUAUACUUCCCUGAGCUGUGAUGUUAACCAGGGCACUGCUUUUGAGGAAGCUGAUUCCAGUAUCCUGCUGAGAUAGGUUGAAGCUGAAGGCACGUACAAGAUGGCAAGCAUGUUGUUACAUGACAAGGGCAAAAUAGAAACACCUCUACUGCAGACCCUCAGAUUUUAGCAACUGAGGCUCCUCAGCAAAAUAGCUCCCAGAGGAAGUACUCUCCUCAGCAUGACUGAGUACUUUCUAGCAGAAAUUUCAGUUCCCAUCUGUAUUAUAACAACCUGCCUAGUUACCUCUAGUAACUAGAUCCUUACACAAAUACAUAAGAUACAGAAUGCAUCUUACUGUUAAUUAAUUGAUAAUUAAUCUCAUGUGUCAGUCAGAAUAAAUUGUAGUGAAAAAUUA